GUUAGGCAUUUGAGAGACAAAAAGUUUUCCAAAUGAUGGCAAAGUCUCCCUUCAUUUACUCAUUUAAUCAUCACAUUAUCUAUCUGCAGCAUUUUUUCUUGUAACGCUUUGAAAGCUUUCUCUCCAUGGAUGAUCUGCUCCCAACGAUUCCUCCUCCUGCGAAACCCCAAAGUAAACGCAGUUAGUGGCACACCAGAAUGGAUGAUUCAGUCACAAGGUCGAACGGGGAUGUUUUGGAAGAGUCGCAAGGUCCAAAGUUAGAGACACUGACUGUGGCUGAGGAUUUUGCUGACAAGCCAGAGACACAACCUUCCACUGAGAGCAUUAAGUCUACUAAGAAUGUGAAACAGAAUUUAAGAAAGAGUUUUGGUCUAGAUAAGGAAGGUGAAUCAAUGAAUGAUGCUGAUACUAGUUCUAGUGGGGUCAGGCUGUCAACAUUAACAAAAUCUACCCUUAGUAGUGCUUCAAAAUCUACCCCAGUUGCCAGAAGGAAUAGCACUGGUGGACUUCCUGAAAAACAGCCGACCGCAAUUACCAAGAGGUCUACGAGCAAUGCAAGUCCUGUUGUUGCUAAACAGGGAUCAUCCUCUAUGUCAGAUCCCACUAGGCGAUCUCUUCCUGAAAUCAGAAGAAGCUCUAUGCCUUCUGUAAAUGUCAGAUCCUUUACACAAUCAAAUACACCGCUAAUUAGAAAGUCAGUCCCUCUAUCGCCUGUUAAAACUCUGAGAACUUCAUCCAGUUCUGAGGCAUUCAAAAAAGACUCUAUUAAGAAGGCUUCAAUAAAAUCAUCAUCUCCUUCAACUUCUCUUAGGAGUCCCGAGCCGACGUCAUUUGACAGCACGGAAAGUAGUGGCUCAAUUAGAAAGGUAGCUCCAAAGUUGUUAUCUCCGGGUGCACGUUUACCUUCACUUAAAAGUGGAUCUAGGACUAGGUCUUCAUCGACAUCAUUGGAAAGAAGCUCAGGGUUUUCUAACCGUAAGAAAGCUGGGGCUACUGGAAGCUGGGAUUCACGUCUUAUUAUGCUUCCUCAAGUGGAGAUUAAAGCUGGUGAUGAUGUGAGGCUGGACCUUAGAGGUCACAGGAUUCGUAAUCUCAACAAUGGUGGGCUGAACUUAUCACCCAGUUUAGAGUUUGUUUAUCUGAGAGACAACCUCUUGUCUGCCUUGGAUGGUAUUGAAGUACUAAAGCGGGUGAAGGUUCUUGACUUGAGCUUCAAUGAUUUCAAAGGUCCAGGAUUUAAACCACUAGAGAAUUGCAAAGCCCUUCAGCAACUUUAUCUUGCCGGGAAUCAAAUUUUAUCAUUGAAAAGCCUUCCCGAGCUUCCUAAUUUAGAGUUCCUCUCCGUUGCCCAGAAUAAGUUAAAAUCUCUUUCAAUGGCAAGCCAACCUCGACUGCAGGUCUUAGCGGCUAGCAAGAACAAGAUAUCAACUUUAAAAGGGUUUCCACACUUACCUUCUUUAGAGCAUUUACGUAUAGAGGAGAAUCCUAUUCUUAAGAUGUCUCAUCUUGAAGCCAUGUCAAUUUUGCUUGUGGGUCCAACUCUAAAGAAGUUUAAUGACAGAGAUCUCUCUCGAGAGGAAAUUGCACUUGCCAAACGUUAUCCUGCUCACACUGCUUUGUGCAUCAGAGGUGGCUGGGAGUUCUGUCGUCCUGAUCAUGCUGUAGACUCGACAUUUCAAUUUUUGCUUGAGCAAUGGAAGGAGCAGCUUCCUCCAGGACACUCCCUCAAAGAAGCUUUUAUAGAUCCCCCAUUUGAAGAAGAUGCUUGCUACUGCCACUUUAAGUUCUCUAAAGACAAAACUGAUGUUAGUGCGUCAGAAAUAGUCUUGAAAUACCAAUGGUUUAUAGGAGAUAAAACUCCUAACAACUUUGUAAAAAUAUCUGACGCCGUAGGAGAGGUCUAUUGGCCAAAACAUGAAGACAUUGGCAGGAUUCUGAAAGUGGAGUGCACUCCUGUCCUGGGAGAAAUGGAAUAUCCCACCAUUUUUGCAAUAUCGUAUCCAGUAUCCCGCGGAACUGGCUGUCCAAAAGUAUUAAGAAUUGAAGCACUUGGGGAUCUGGUUGAGGGAUGCAUAAUAAAGGGUUUUGCAGAAGUUGCCUGGUGUGGUGGUACUCCUGGGAAAAGUGUUUCAAAUUGGCUUAGGAAAAAAUGGAAUAGCAGCCCCGUGGUCAUUGUUGGCGCUGAGGGUGAUGAAUACCAACUGAAUAUUGAUGACAUUGAUUCGUGUAUGGUAUUUAUGUACACCCCCGUUACUGAAGAAGGCUCUAAAGGGGAACCACAAUAUGCAAUAACAGAUUAUGUUAGAGCAGCUUCCCCUUCUGUCAGUGGGCUGCACUUCAUUGGAGAUUUUAUUGAAGGUAAUGUCAUUAAGGGAGUUGGAAAAUAUUUUGGUGGUAGGGAAGGUCCUAGCAAAUUUGAAUGGUUGCGUGAAGAUAAUGAAACCAGGGAAUUUGUGUCAGUCUCAACUGGUACAAAUGAAUAUACAUUGACGAAGGAGGACGUUGGGCGCAGUUUAGCUUUUGUAUAUGUACCUGUUAACUUUGAAGGCCAGGAGGGAAAAUCUGCAUCAAUUGUGUCUCCGAUUACUAAGAAAGCUCCCCCAAAAGUAACAAAUUUGAAAAUAAUUGGAGAACUGAAGGAAGGAAGCAAAAUCACAGUAACUGGUAUUGUUACAGGAGGAACUGAAGCGUCCAGUAGGGUUCAAUGGUUCAAAACUUGUUCACCCUCAUUUGACAGUGAGAAAAAUCUUGAAUCAUUGAGCACAUCCAAAAUUGCAAAGGCAUUCCGAAUACCAUUAGGAGCUGUUGGAUACUUUCUUGUUGCAAAAUUUACUCCUAUGUCUCCAGAGGGCGAUGCUGGCGAACCGUCUUAUAUUUUAUCUGAAAAAGACAUUGAAACCCUUCCACCCAGCCUGAACUUUUUAUCACUCACUGGUGAUUGCAUCGAGGGUGGAAUUCUAUCUGCAUCAUAUGGCUAUAUUGGUGGUCAUGAGGGAAAAAGUAUUUACAAAUGGUACCUUCAUGAGGUUGAAAAUGACUCUGGUGUUGAAAUACCUGAAGUGUCAGGUCUUCUUCAAAUUAGCUUAACUAAGGAUGCCAUUGGCAAAUUUGUUUCGUUUAAAUGCACUCCAGUCCGGGAUGAUGGCACAAUCGGUGAGUCUAAAGAUUGCAAGGGCCAGGAACGUGUUUGCCCAGGAGCUCCAAGAUUGCUUUCUCUUCUAAUAGUUGGAGAUGGUGUCGAAGGCACCACAUUAAAUGUAGAAAAAAAAUAUUGGGGUGGUGAAGAGGGAGACUCUGUCUACCACUGGUUCAGGACUAGUUCUGAUGGAACAUGUGUUGAAAUAGAUGGUGCAACAAAUUCGUCAUAUUCACUUUCAAUUGAUGAUGUCGGGCAUUACAUAUCUGUCUUGUGUGAACCUAUCCGCUGUGAUUUGGCCCGUGGUCCUACUGUUCUUUCAGAACAAGUUGGACCUAUCUUUCCAGGUCCACCAGUUUGUCAUUUGCUUGAAUUUGACGGAUCUUUGGUUGAAGGGGGACAUGUUGGCUUCACUGCUUCUUAUACUGGCGGGGAGAUGGGUGAAUGUACAUGUGAAUGGUUUAGAGUGAAAACCUGUGGUGUCAAAGACAAACUUAGUUCUAGCGAUGUUUUGCAUUUAACUAUAGACGAUGUGGGAAAUUGCAUAGAGCUCGUUUACACUCCUAUAAGAAAAGAUGGGUUAAAAGGAAGUCCCAAGACUAUUCUGUCUGGACCUGUAAAGCCCGGGGAACCAAUGGGGGUUGAGUUAACAAUUCCCGAAUGCUAUGAAGGCAAGGAGGCUAUUCCUAGAAAGAGUUACUUCGGAGGGCAAGAAGGUGUUGGAGAAUAUACCUGGUUUAGGGUAACGGAUAAGCUUCAAGGAUCCGUACUUCUUGAUGCGCUGCACAAUCAAGUCCAUGCUCAUAUAUGUUGCAGGACUUUAACGUACACUCCUUCUCUUGAAGAUGUAGGAGCAUAUUUGGCUCUAUACUGGCUUCCAACUCGUGUUGAUGGGAAAUCUGGAAAGUCAAUGGUUUCUAUUUGUGAAUCUCCUGUUUCUGCUGCUUCCCCUGUAGUUUCCAACAUUCAUAUAAAGGAGUUAUCAUCAAGUUCUUACCUAGGAGAAGGCAAAUAUUUUGGUGGUCAUGAAGGAUCGAGCUUAUUCAGCUGGUUUAGAGAAAGUAAUGAUGGAAAAACAACUCUCAUUGAUGGAGCAAAUUCUAAAGCAUAUGAAGUCACUGAUGAAGACUAUACAUGUCGCCUUAUAUUUGGAUAUGCACCGAUCCGCUCGGAUUCCGUUGCUGGAGAACUUACAUCAUCUCAACCAACUGAUGUGAUUCUCCCAGAGCUUCCAAUAAUUGAGAAACUAGUUCUUUCUGGAAAGGAUAUUGAAGGGGAUGUACUGACCGCUAUCGAGGUCAUUCCACAGAGUGAAAGCCAACAACAUGUUUGGGGAAAAUACAAGAAAGAUGUCAGAUACCAGUGGUUCAUUUCAUCUGAAAAUGGAAGUGAAAUCUUCUUUGAGCCUUUACCAUCACAACAUUCAUGCUCAUACAAGGUUCGCUUUGAGGACAUAGGUCAUUCUAUUAGGUGUGAAUGCAUUGCGACUGAUAUUUUUGGAAGGUCAAGUGAUCCUGCUUAUGCCGAAACUGCUUCUAUUUUGCCAGGUAUGCCUAAGAUGAAUAAGCUUGAGAUUGAGGGGAGAGGGUUUCACACCAAUUUGUUUUCAGUUCGUGGUAUUUAUAGUGGUGGAAAGGAGGGCAAAAGUAAAAUUCAGUGGCUUAGGUCAAUAGUUGGAAGUCCUGAUCUCAUUUCCAUUCCUGGGGAGACAGGAAGGAUGUAUGAAGCGAAUGUUGAUGAUGUGGGAUAUAGGCUGGUGGUCAUUUAUACUCCUGUAAGAGAUGAUGGAGUUGAGGGACAACCCGUUUCUGCAUCAACGGAUCCUAUUGCAGUAGAGCCUGAUGUUCUUAAAGAAGUGAAGGAGAAACUUGAAAUUGGAUCAGUGAAGUUUGAGGCCUUGUGUGACAAGGAUCGGUCCUCUAAGAAGGUUCUUGGCGUUGGAAGUCUUGAGAGAAGAAUAUUGGAGGUUUACCGAAAGAGGAUUAAGGUUGUGAAGCCUGGUUCUAAAACGUCAUUUCCCACAACUGAAGUCCGAGGCACUUAUGCUCCUCCUUUCCAUGUAGAGCUACUUCGAAGUGAUCAACAUCGUUUCAAGAUUGUGGUUGACAGUGAAAACGAAGCCAACUUGUUAGUGCAGACACGACACCUCCGCGACAUAAUUGUCCUCGUUAUCAGAGGCCUUGCUCAGCGCUUCAACAGUACAUCCCUCAACUCUCUUCUGAAGAUAGAGACAUAAUAGUUAUCUAUACAGCAUCAUACAACGCUGUAAAUUAUUCCCGCCAGUGUGGUAUUCUUUGCUUUCAUUUCGGUGUUUUUAUAGGAUUUUAAUCUCUCUUCUUUAGCCAUUUUUACCGGUAACGGACUAACGGCUAACGGGUGAACACCAAAGCAAUGUAUUGUGUAUCAUGUGUUGUGGGAGUAAAUAGGUUUCUUGUUUGAGAGUGUUCAGUUGUAUCGUCAUAUACACAUCCAAUUCUUCGUCGAACAGAGUUUUCUAACCUUUAUGAAUCUUAAAAUGAGUUGAACUAUUAUUUCUGGUU